UUGAUGACCUAUUGUUUCAGUAUAAAUCAUUAGCUCUUGUCGCAGUGGAACUACUUAUCUUGAUACUAUCUAAGUACUUACUAUAUACUUAUCUUUUCUUCACACCGUCAUCCAACACACACCAAAGAAGUUAACAAGAAGAUGCAGUUAACAAGAUUUCUUAUUGUUUUGAUUGUUUUGGUCGUUGACCUUACUAUUUUGGUGGAAUGCCAGCAAAGACAGGGCGCGGGAAACAAAAGGACAUUAUCAGAAUUUUUUCCAUCGCAAUACCAAUACAGACCGCAAUAUCACAACAAUCAAUGGUCCAAUGGAUGGGGAUCCAGUUCGCCACAAAAUCAAUGGCAAUAUCCGCAGAACCAAUGGAAACCAUGGGGAUCUAACUGGGGUUCAGGAGCAGGAUGGGGAUCAUCUGGAUCAGGAUGGAAACCUUGGGGUUCUAACUGGGGAUCUGGAACCGGAUGGGGAUCUGGAUCAGGAUGGGGAUCUGGCUCAGGAUGGAAGCCGUGGGGAUCUAACUGGGGAUCCUCAGGAGCAGGAUGGGGGCCAAGUCAAAGCUGGGGACCGAGUGCGAGUUGGGGACCAGGCGGUGGUUGGGGAUCAAAUCAGCUUCCACAGAUUCCACAACUGUCCCCUCAGUUCGGAAGUUACCCCAAACCGUCUUUAGGUCAUGUUCUAGAUAGUACUUUGGAUAUUAUUAAAAAAGGGCAACAAGCCCUUCAGUUUAUUCCAAGAAAAGAUCAAUAAGAUUGUCGUUGUAAAAGACUGACUGGAGAGUUAGUGUAAAAUAGAAUUAGAUAAUUUACUACAAUACCAUGUUUUGAUUCUUGUAAAGUUUUCCGUAUUUUUAUUCGAUAUCUUAUCUAAGGAAACGAAGCCAAAAAGCAUUUGAAAAAUCUAAAAAUUACUGAAAUAUCUGGUAGAAGUCAAUAGAAAAGGCUUUAUAUCUCGUGGGUAUCGAAAUUUUUACUGUGCCAUAGAUUUUUAUCAACAUUUAAGUAAGAAGCGACGUUUUUUAUUAAUUUCAAUACUGUCUCAAAAUAAACAAUAAUAGUUAUUUAUGAUAUAAGUGUUAAAAGUACACGUUUAAGGCACGCAUGUGAAAGUUUGCAGAAUGAGCGAUAGCGAGUUCUGCAAUUCACAUGAGUGCCUUAAAAAUGUACUUUUUAACAAGCAUAUCAUACAAUAUUUUUUCUACAAACGUAAUUACAGGACAAUAUCUACAAAAACUUUUACUUGAACUUGACUGACAUUCCAUUUUUAUAUUUUUUUUGACAUUACAUUAAAAUUGUCUAUACGGUCAAUACGAACUGCAGUGCCUUAAAAAUUUUAAAGCACUAGUGCCUUAAAGUAGCAUUUUUAACGCUCGUAUGGAGUGCUUAAAAUUGCAUUUUUAACACGGUUGUAGAAAAAAAUAUUUAAAACAUAUUUCACAUUGUGACUUUUUAUGCAAUUACUAUAUGUGUAAACGAUGAAACCGAUUGGUCGAAUAGUUUUUAAAAAAUUCUAAUUGUUUAUCCCAUUGGAAGAAAAAAAGGUUUUAUUUUUUAGAAUUUCAGUAAUUAUAAACAAUUGAAAAAAAAAUACUUACUUACGGAUUCUUCUUAUAAUAGGCCUCUUGGCCUGUUCCUUACCGAUUUUGAGCUUGUAUUCGUAGCUGUGAUGUUGACUGCCAGCUAUCUCGCCAACUUUUAAAUGGCCUUUCUAUUGGCCUCUUGCCUGUUGGCUUCGAAUCCCUGGCUAUACGGGCUAUUCUCUCGCUGUCCAUUCUCGUCACAUGCUGAUUCCACUCUCGUCGUCUCUGUCUUCCCCACCGUACUAUAUCUAGUAUGUUACAGAGAUCUCUUAUUCUGUCGUUCGGUAUUCUGUCUCUCAGUGUUUUCCCAGUUAUUGACCUCAACGUUCUCAUUUCUGAUGUUCUCAGUAUCCUCUUGGUUUCUGCAGUGUCACAUCUUGUUUCUAUCGCGUACGUCAUGAUCGGUCUUACACAUGAUUUGUAUAUGCGUACUUUCCCUUCCAGCCUCAUAUCUUUGUUUCUCCAGAUGACAUCCCUCAGACAUCCUGACACGUAAUUGGCUUUAUUUGCUUGCUUUCGGACGCUCUCUUUAACAUCUCCAUAACUACAUAUUUCGAUUCCCAGAUAUUGUAAUCUCGAGACUUGUUCAAUUAGUUCGUUGUUAAUUACUAAUUUGCAUCUUAUGGUUUCCCUUGACACUACCAGAGAUUUUGUCUUGGCUGUUGAUAUUUUCAUGUUGUAGUUCUUCGCCACUGUAUUGAAAGUUUGUGCCAUUCGCUGUAGGUUAUCCUCGUUAUCGGAGAUUAAGAUUGCGUCGUCAGCAUAACAGAGGAUUUUUAUUUGUUUUUCCGCUAUCUUAUAUCCUUUUCCAGUACCUUUAAUGUUUUCUAUGAUUUUGUCCAUGACUAAAUUAAAAAUCAAUGGGCUCAAGCUAUCCCCUUGUCUGAUUCCCGAGUUGAUUUCUACUUCCGAUGUUAGUUCAUUCUCGACUUUUAUUCUGGUUUUGUUCUUCGUAUUAAUGUCUUUAAUUAUCCUUAUCAUCUUGUUGGGCUGAUUUUUCUCCUUUAGCAAUCUUAGCACAUCUUACAAUCUUACACAAUCGAAGGCCUUAGUCAGAUCUAUAAAGUACAUAAAUGCAGGUGUAUUAUAUUCCAGUGCUUUCUCAGCAAUUUGUCUGGCUAUGAAUAUGGCGUCUAUUGUGGACCUAUUUUUCCGAAAACCUUGUUGUUCCUCACUAAUUGUGUAUUCUUCAUUUAUUUUAUUGGCAAGUAUUUUUGUUAAGAGUUUAAGAGUUGUGCUCAGCAAGGUGAUGGUACGGUAGUUGCUAGGGUCUUUGCAGUUUCCUCUCUUGUGUAUAGGUAUUAUUAUACUCGUCCUCCACUGGUCUGGUACACGCUGGCUACAUAUUAUUUCUUAAAAGAGGAUCUCUUUAUUUUCGAUUAAGGUUUCUCCUCCGUAUUUCAGGAGUUCAUUUGGUAUCCCAUCGGGUCCUGGUGCUUUUCUGUUUUUUAAUUUACGUAUGUUAUUCCUUAUUUCUUCUUUUGUGAUUUCUAGUUCUGUGUCUAUGUUGGAUUCGUCUUCAUUUCCUGUUUCUUCCUCUUCUUCAGGUAUUAUAGUAUCUUCCUUAUAUAGUUCUUCUAUAUAGGCGAUCCAUUGUUCUGCUUCUAUUUUAUUUAAGCUUCUAUAUUCGUUAAUGGGUUUUUUCCUAUUUUUUAGUAUUUUCCGAACUUUUCUUUGCGCCCCAUACAAAUCGUGUUCCAUUUCUUUGGUAAGCGUGUCCAAUAUUCCCUUUUUAUAUUUCUUAUCUUAGAAUUGAUGUAAUUUCUUGUGUCUCUGUAUUGUUGGUAAUUGUUUGGUGUUUUGUUAGUGCAGUAUUGUAGGUAUGCUUUCCUCUUCUCAUACGCUAGAUCUCUUAUUUCAGUAUUGAACCAGGGCUUUGAUAUUUUUGUUGCAUUCAGGUUAAUUUUUCUGACCCCUAUGCUUUCCUUUGCGGCUUGUAAUAUAUUAUAUUCUAUUUUUGCCCAUGUCUCAUUUACUCCUUCACCUGUUGUUACUGGUUUUAUCUCAAAUCUUUGUUCUAAACGUCUUUUAUACAGCCAUUUUGUGUUUUGGUUCUCUAGAGACUAAAUGUUUAGUUUUUCGAAAUACUUGGGUGGUUUUUUCUUGUUUUGUGGUAGUUUGAGCAAAAAUUUUCCAAGCACCAUUUUAUGGUCUGAUCCGAUAUUGGGCGAUGUUAAUGCUCUUACGUCUAGUAUUUGUUUAGGUAUGAUUUGUCUAUUUGUAAUUAUAUAGUCUAUUGUUGAUUGUUGGCCUUGCGUGUUUUGCCACGUGUAUUUGUGUUGGGGUUUGUGUGGAAAAAACGUGUUGUUUAUUCUCAACAAAUUUUGGGUAUAGAAUUCAACAAGGUAUUCUCCAUUUCGGUUCAAUGUAUCUUCGUUGAAUCGUUGUUUGAUAUUAUCUAUGCUGUCGUUACUUUUUUUAUUAUAAAUAUUUUUUAAAUUUAGAUAAUCUCAUUUUAAAUAACAAGUAUUUUCAAGAAAGUCGUCCGUUGAACGUUUUCAUCUACAAUGCGUACUUUUUUCACAAUAUUGAAAUGAAUGAAAAAAGUCGCUUUAUUUGCUAAAAUUUUAGUAAAAAACAAGACGCAGUAAAAUUUCGAGGUGGUACGCUUUUCAUAUUAACUUCCCCCAUAUACUCCAGUUGAAAAAUAGCGCUCAGCAAUUUCUCAAUUUUUAAAUGCUUUGUUUCCUGAGGUAUCUGUAAUAUUUUCUUUUCGUAUUAGUUAUUUCUCGCAGAGUUUUCGUAAGUAUUUAUUUCUCAACAUUUUACUAUUUUCUAGUCUGUUGGGGACAAUAACUCUAUAAAUAAUCAGUUUUAAUGGCUAAAUAAGAAUAUUUUUGUUAAAAGUUUUUUCGUUUAUAAUAUGCAGUACGGUUUGAAAAAAAUCAUUGACUUAUUUAAAAAUAAA